GCCGUUGCCUUCUCAGCUUCUCCCUUCUCGCCCUGCUGCCCUGCGGUCUGACGAGGCCGAAUCCUCCCCCCCUAGCCCUCGCUUUUCUCUUCCUCGCGCUGUUCUUUUUCUCUGUCCGGCCGCCGCCGCCACUGCUGCCCAGCUGGUGUCGGUGCCGCGCUUUCCCCCCCACGUCGUUCCCGCAGCCUAUGGCCCAGGCCGCCUUGGGUAUUUCUGCUCAAGGUAACCACAUCCCUCUUUAAAAAUUCCGCCGAAAAAGAGAAGACGCUUUACCCGACUCUUUGGGCCGUUAUCUCACGGCGAACUUUCUGACCAAGUAUACAACUACCCAGAGGGCCUAGGAGAAGUGUUGUAUAGAGAGCCGUUCGAUUUCAACGCUGAGCCACCUUGGGAACCUAGCUGAUGAUAGGGGGGUUCCAUCUCCUAACUUGUCCAUGGAGGUCUGCACUUCAGAAACCCAAGACCCACAUUCAUCCAGCUUGGUGUCUCAAGUGGGCUGUUGCUGCCAGAAUUAUCUUGUGAUUAUUUGAGAGAUGUAUCAGUUUCCUCUGAAGUACAAUCAACUGUAGAAGCCUUUGUAGCAGUUUGUUGCAUAUUCUAAGGACCCAGACAUAAGGCUUGGUGGCCCGUCUCUUGUUUUUCUUGGUUUAUGACUUUCGGCUUUGUGGAAUACGGCUGAGAUGAAAGGAUUUAUCGACGAUGCAAACUACUCCGUUGGCCUGUUGGAUGAAGGAACAAACCUUGGAGAUGUUAUUGAUAACUAUGUUAAUGAACAUACCCUGACAGGAAAAAAUGCCUUCUUCGUGGGAGAUCUUGGAAAGAUUGUGAAGAAGCACAGUCAGUGGCAGAAUGCGGUGGCUCAGAUAAAGCCAUUCUACACGGUGAAGUGCAACUCCACUGCAGCUGUGCUGGAGAUCCUGGCAGCCCUUGGAACUGGAUUUGCUUGCUCUAGUAAAAAUGAAAUGGCUUUAGUGCAAGAAUUGGGUGUAUCUCCAGAAAACAUUAUUUAUAUAAGUCCCUGUAAGCAAGUGUCUCAGAUAAAGUAUGCAGCAAAAGUGGGCGUGAAUAUCAUGACAUGUGACAAUGAUGUUGAAUUGAAGAAAAUUGCACGUAAUCAUCCAAAUGCCAAGGUCUUACUGCAUAUUGCAACAGAAGAUAGUAUUGGAGGUGAAGAGGGUAGUAUGAAGUUUGGCACUUCAUUGAAGAACUGUAGGCAUCUCUUGGAAUGUGCUAAGGAACUUGAUGUCCAAAUAAUUGGGGUUAAAUUUCAUGUUUCGAGUGCUUGCAAAGAAUCUCAAGUAUAUGUCCAUGCCCUAUCUGAUGCUCGAUGUGUGUUUGACAUGGCUGGAGAAUUUGGCUUUCAGAUGAGCAUAUUAGACAUUGGUGGAGGCUUCACAGGAACUGAAUUUCAGUUGGAAGAGGUGAAUCAUGUUAUUAGCCCUUUAUUGGAUGUCUACUUUCCGGAAGGAUCUGGGAUUAAGAUCAUCUCAGAGCCUGGAAGCUACUAUGUGUCUUCUGCAUUUACACUUGCAGUUAAUAUCAUUGCAAAGAAAGCUGUUGAAAGCGAUAAAUUCCCCUCUGGAGUAGAAAAAACCGGAAGUGAUGAACCAGCCUUUAUGUAUUAUAUGAAUGAUGGUGUUUAUGGUUCUUUUGCAAGUAAACUGUCUGAGGACUUAAAUACCAUUCCAGAGGUUCACAAGAAAUACAAGGACGAUGAGCCUCUGUUUACAAGCAGCCUUUGGGGUCCAUCCUGUGAUGAGCUUGAUCAGAUUGUGGAAAGCUGUCUUCUUCCUGAGCUGAAUGUGGGAGAUUGGCUUAUCUUUGAUAACAUGGGAGCAGAUUCUUUCCAUGAACCAUCUGCUUUUAAUGAUUUUCAGAGGCCAGCUAUUUAUUACAUGAUGUCAUUUAGUGAUUGGUAUGAGAUGCAAGAUGCUGGAAUUACGUCAGACACAGUGAUGAAGAACUUCUUCUUUGUGCCUUCUUGCAUUCAGUUGAACCAAGAAGACAGCUUUUCUACUGAUGCUUAAGCAGGCAUUAGCAACUUCUUUAGAUCUGAGGUUGCAGGCUGCGCUUGUCUGGUCAACAUUCCAGUGGGGUGGGGUGGGGGUGGGCAGAAAUGGAACCAGUCUUAUUCUGUUAAUUCUCUUGAAAACAAAACUAUUAGUGAAAGCUGUUUGGGACCAGACAAAAUCUGCUUUCAAUUAUAAUUCAUGGGGCUAAUGGGAGAUUUAGAUACUGUAUCCAGAUUUAAAUUUACCAUUUUGCCCUACCCCUAAGCAUUUAAAAUAAAAUAUGCAACAAAAUGGAUGACUUAGUGGAGAUGGAAGCCCAUGAAUUGGGUUCCCCAUUAAACCGUUUACAUACAAGUACACAGUUUUUAUACUAAGGAUUCGUGUUUAAAAAGUCUUGUAAAGUUCAUGUCUUUCACCCAGAUAUAUCCUGUCAGUGGAAGACCAGUGUGACUUCAUUAGAUACGUUUAGUGUAUUUAGAAUGUGUAAAUUUGUGCUUUGACUGUAGUUUAAUAAAUGUAAAAUUACAUCGUAGUGUUUGUUGUGUUUGACCUACUGUAACCUUUGUAUGAUUGCAAUAAUUUUUUUGUGUGUAGAUUUUACUGUUUUUUCAGGCUAAAAAUUUGGGGAAAAGGGGCUAGCUUAGCAAAGGUAGUUUUGAAAUAGGUGUGUAAAUGGACUGUUCUGAAGGAAUUUUUUGUUUUUGUUUGCCCAGUUAAGUUUAGUUUGGCUCAGUAUGCUUUUCAGUUAUUUAAUUAGUAAUUUAAGUAAAACGUUUGGUAGAUUAUUGUGAAGUUCAGAUUCAUUAUGGAGCAUUGAUGUGCAGUAAGCAUGAUGUUUAACAAUAUUAACACCAAAAAUGUUAAUCCUGCAUAAACCAAUUGUGAUAACUAAUAGGUGUUUCUGUAUAGAUAGAAUGCAUAAGUACCUUAGUCAAGUUUUGAUUUCCAAAUCUUUUGUCUGAAAUGGGAAAUGUAUUAAAUACUUUCAGUAAAGUAAGGGUGGAAGGUGGUCACUGCAGAAAACUGCAGAGCACUAACACUUAAAAAGAAGGGCUACACCCAUAUGCAGAGACUUAAUGCUCUUUUUGCACGGAAUAGUAUUUAAUUUCAGACGUGUAAGGGGCGGUGGGUAAGCACACUUCGUACUUUUUUACUUUCUCUACUGCAGUGAUGAUUUUGAGCUUAUUUUUUCUAAAGCUAUACCUUUAGUUCCUUGUUAUUUUCCCAUUUGUUCGCCUUAGUGAUAACUUUUCAUUCUUUUCAUACUAAAAUUUUGUGGUGGGGGGGCAAGGGCAUAGCAUCACUAGCCUGACAGUUGUUGCCAGGAUCUGCAUUGUUCAAUUGCUAGAAAAUUAGUGCUUCUCCAUCUCAAUCACAAUACUAAUAGCAUCGGCAGGGGUUACUAACUCCCCUCACUUACUCUGUGUUCACAUGUGGAGUUUCUGUCUUCCAAGAGGAAAUGGGACUUCGCGGUGGUGCCAAUGGACAGUGAAUUCUGCCUGUGCUGCCGAGGGGAAGCUUGGAAUGCGCUUCAUAGCUGGUUUUUACACCUUGAUUUCAAGGUGUGAGGAAAUUGAUCAUGAAUGGUGAAUAAAUGUUUUAAAAACCAGUAGGUGCUUAAUGAUUUUUUGAUUUUAUUAAUGCCCAUUUAAAUUGCAUGGGUUCUCAAUAAAAUAAAAAUUUAGGACCCCACUCCAUUGUCAUCUAAUUGCCCUGCAACUCAUCCAAGGUAAAAUGUGGGGUUUGAUACAAAAUCCCAACGUCCCAUGCAACUUUUUUUAACCAUACUGAGGAGGAGGAAUUGUUACCUGCCUUCUUGGUAUGCGCUACAUUGUGGCCCAUAAAUGCCAAACCUUUUAAAGGUGGUGCAACUUGGAGUUCUUGGCUUGACUGUAUGGCCUUGUGAUCUAUUUGGCAUGUCAGUUUUGCCAUGUAUUGUUGGAAAAUUAUUGUAUGUGAAGUGGCUCAGAGUUGCAAAUGUCAACAUAUGAAUGAUUUGGUAACUUUUAGAAAUGUCUGUUGUAUUUAAAGAUUGUUUGCCAGAAAUCUGAGGUUUGGACCUAUGCAUUUCAAUUUGAUAUGCUAAAAAGGUACUGAAUUAAUGUAACAGUCUUUUUUUCUCUUCACAAUCUUGUAAUUCAGUUCAGAUUUUAUCUGAAAAUACAAAACCUGAAUGAUUUCUAUAUAGUAAAUUGAACUGUAAAGGUAACUUGUGUGUGAUUCUGAAUACACCGAUAAAAUGUUUUUAUUCCUCAUCACAUUUUACUCUCUUGGCUUCUGUUGUAAAACCAUUGAAUUUUUAUAUGUCA